GCGUGGAGGCGUUAACGCGCACGCGCUUAGGGAUCCGGCCGUGGCCGAGCGCGCGGCCCUAAGACCGCGGGUGACUAGCAUGCAGAUACCCAUGCUCUGACUUUCUGCCCCUCCACUGACAUGGCCCACCGGGGUGGGGAGAGGGACUUCCAGACUUCAGCUCGACGCAUGGGCACCUCGCUGCUCUUCCAGCUUUCAGUGCACGAACGGGAGCUGGACCUGGUUUUUCUGGAUCAUAGCUAUGCCAAGCCUUGGAGUGCCCACCCAGAUGCCAGUAGUGCCCGCCCCACCCGCAUGCUCUUUGUCACUCCCCGGCGGCAGCACGAAAGUACCAUUGAAUCAGACGUCCCAAUAGAUGUGGAGACGGUCACAUCAACGCCUAUGCCACUCUAUGACAAUCAGAAGGCACGCAGCGUGAUGAAUGAGUGUGAACGGCAUGUCAUCUUUGCCAGGACUGAUGCAGAUGCCCCUCCUCCACCAGAGGACUGGGAGGAGCAUGUCAACAGGACUGGCUGGACAAUGGCCCAGAACAAGCUAUUCAACAAGAUCCUCAAAGCCCUGCAGUCUGACCGGCUUGCCCGCUUGGCCAACGAAGGGGCUUGUAAUGAGCCAGUGCUGCGCCGUGUUGCUGUGGACAAGUGUGCAAGGAGAGUGCGGCAGGCUCUGGCAAGUGUGAGCUGGGAUACCAAGCUGAUCCAGUGGCUGCACACCACCCUUGUGGAGACCUUGAGUCUGCCCAUGCUGGCAGCCUACCUGGAUGCUUUGCAGACGCUGAAGGGGAAGAUCCCAACCUUGAUUGACCGGAUGCUUGUGUCAUCCAACACAAAGACUGGGGCUGCAGGAGCUGAGGCCUUGUCUCUCCUACUGAAGAGGCCCUGGGACCCUGCUGUGGGUGUGCUUUCUCAUAACAAACCAAGCAAACUCCCUGGCUCUCCGCUGAUUCUCAUCGCCUCCUCUGGUCCCUCCAGCUCUGUGUUUCCCACUUCACGCCGCCACCGCUUCUGGCAAUCUCAGCUGUCCUGCUUGGGCAAGGUCAUCCCUGUAGCCACCCAUCUGCUGAACAAUGGCAGUGGGGUAGGAGUUCUACAGUGUCUCGAGCAUAUGAUUGGGGCAGUGAGAAGCAAAGUGCUGGAGAUUCACAGCCAUUUCCCACACAAACCCAUUAUCUUGAUUGGCUGGAACACAGGAGCUUUGGUGGCCUGUCAUGUGUCAGUAAUGGAGUAUGUCACUGCAGUUGUCUGCCUUGGGUUUCCUCUGCUUACUGUGGAUGGCCCCAGAGGGGAUGUAGAUGAUCCCCUCUUGGAUAUGAAGACUCCAGUCCUCUUUGUCAUUGGUCAGAAUUCCCUUCAAUGUCACCCUGAAGCCAUGGAGGACUUCCGGGAGAAGAUUCGAGCUGAGAACAGCUUGGUGGUGGUUGGGGGAGCUGAUGACAAUCUCAGAAUAAGCAAAGCAAAGAAGAAAUCAGAAGGGUUGACUCAGAGCAUGGUGGACAGAUGUAUUCAGGAUGAGAUUGUGGACUUUCUGACUGGAGUGCUCACUCGUGCUGAGGGUCACAUGGGCUCUGAACCUCGGGAUCAGGAUGCUGAGAAGAAGAAGAAGCCCCGCGAUGUGGCCCGCAGAGACUUGGCCUUUGAAGUCCCUGAGCGGGGCAGUCGACCUGCCUCCCCAGCUGCCAAGCUGCCCGCCUCACCCUCAGGCUCGGAGGAUCUCUCCAGUGUGUCCAGCAGCCCCACCUCCAGUCCCAAGACCAAAGUGACCACGGUGACCUCUGCCCAGAAGUCCAGUCAGAUUGGAAGCUCUCAGCUGCUGAAGAGACAUGUGCAGCGGACAGAAGCUGUGCUGACCCACAAACAAGCUCAAGCACAGUUUGCUGCUUUUCUGAAACAAAAUAUGCUGGUGAGGAAAGCUCUUCCUCCUGGCACCUCCUCCUGUCUCUUUGUUCCCAUUUCAUCAGAACCACCAGAGGAAGGAGAGAAAGAGGAUCUUAGGGUUCAGCUGAAGCGACACCAUCCCUCGAGUCCUCUUCCUGGCAGUAAGACCUCCAAACGACCGAAGAUCAAGGUGUCCCUUAUCUCCCAAGGGGACACAGCUGGAGGGCCUUGUGCUCCUUCCCAAGGAAGUGCUCCAGAAGCUGCAGGUGGGAAGCCCAUCACCAUGACACUGGGGCAGGCUUCAGCAGGGGCCAAGGAGCUCACAGGACUUCUCACCACAGCCAAGUCCAGUUCUUCUGAAGGUGGAGUCUCAGCCAGCCCAGUCCCUUCAGUGGUCUCCAGCAGCACUGCACCCAGUGCCUUGCACACACUGCAGAGCCGCCUGGUGGCCACAUCUCCUGGCGGCUCCCUCCCAGGGGCCACAUCAGCCAGCAGCCUCCUCCAAGGCCUCAGCUUCAGCUUGCAGGAUAUCAGCAGCAAGACCUCUGGCCUUCCAGCAAAUCCCUCCCCAGGACCAGCCCCACAGGCCACCAGUGUGAAGUUGCCCACCCCCAUGCAGAGCCUGGGUGCCAUCACCACGGGCACCAGCACCAUUGUCCGUACCAUUCCUGUGGCCACCACUCUCUCCUCCUUGGGUGCCACUCCUGGUGGGAAGCCCACAGCCAUCCACCAGCUGCUGACCAAUGGGGGCCUCGCUAAGUUGGCAAGCAGCCUCCCUGGCCUGGCUCAGAUCUCUAACCAAGCAUCAGGCUUGAAGGUCCCCACCACCAUUACUCUGACACUUCGUGGCCAGCCGAGCAGGAUCACUACACUGAGCCCUAUGGGCUCAGGAGCAGCCCCAUCUGAGGAGUCCUCUUCCCAGGUGCUGCCCUCCAGCUCACAGCAACAUGGAUGAACUUGGAGGACAUGUUAAGUGAAGUAAGUCUGGACAGAAAAAUACAGCGUGUUCUCACCCACAGGUAGGAGCUAAAAAAGCUGAUCUUAUAGAAGUAGGGAGUGUAGGUGGGAUGAAUAACUUCUGGUGUUCUAUAACACUAUAGGCUGACUAUAAUUAACAAUUUAUUAUAGAUUUUCAAAUUCCUAGAAAACCAGAUUUUGAAUGUUCCCAGCAUAAAGAAAUGAGAAAUGUUUUGAGGUGAUGGAUAUGCCAAUUAUCCUGAUUUGAUCAUUAUACAUUGUAUACACGCUUUGAAAUAUUGUACUCUGCCCCAUAAAUACAUACAAUUAUAUGCCAGUUAAAAAUAAUAAAAGCUGGCCGAGUGCAGUGGCUCAUGCCUGUAAUCUAAGCAAUUUGAGAGGCUGAGGUGGGAGUAUCUCUUGAGCCCAGGAAUUCAAGGCUGCAGGGCACCAUGAGUCACCACUGCACUCCAGCCUGUGCAAGAGCGUCUCUAAAAAUAAAAGUGAAAAAAGAAUAGACACACCACAGACUCAGAUAAAAUGUUUGUAAUAUGUAUUUGACCGAGGACACACAUAUAACCAGAAUACAUAAAAGAAUUACUACAAAUCACGAUUUAAAUGUAAUAAAUAUUUGCAGGCUUAAAUAGAGACAUUCCACAAGAAGAUAUCCAAGUAGCCAAUGUGCACAUGAAAGAGUUUUCAAUAUCACUGGUCAUGAGUAAAAUGCAAUAUUAAACCAACAAAAUACCACUUUACACUCACUAGAAUGGCUAAAAUUAACAACAAUACCGAGUGUUAGCAAGGAUAAGGAACACCUGGAACUCUUAGACAUUGCUGGUGGUAGUCUAUUAUAGUAAACCACUUUGAAGAACUGUUUGAGCAAUUCCUCUCCUACGUAUAUACAAAAGAGAAAUGAUAACUUACGUCCACAAAAGUAGUGACUUCUACAAGUACAUUCAUAGCAGCUUUAUUCAUAAUAGCCCAAAACUGAAAAUAGACUAAAUGUCCCUUAAUAGGAAAAUGUAUAUACACAUUGCAGUAUUUUCAUAUAGUGGAACACUAUUUGGUAAUGAAAAGAACCACUGACAUGCAGUGACCUGGAUGAAUCUCAGUAGCAUGCUGAAUGGCAGAAGCUGGACCCAAAAGACUACACGGUAUGAUUCCACUGAUAUGAAAUCCAAAUUUGAACAAAACUAGUCUGUGGUUAUAGAAGUCAGAUCAUGAUUGAGAGAGACUGUAACCAGAAAGGAGUACAGAGACUUUUUCAGCCGGGGGGAAAUGUUCUAUAUCUUGUUUUGGAUGGACAUUACAAGGAUGUAUACAAAUGUUGAGACUCAGUUGAGUGAGAAGGGGCCCACAUCUGGUAAUAGCCAAGUAGCUCCUACCAGACCAUUCCACGCACAUGUAAUAACUAUAAAUAAAAAAAUAGAAAACUUCCCAUAAGCUGCUGGAGAGCAACAGAAUCAGACAGAUAAUGGGAAGGUUGGUCACACUUAGAGUAAAACAGUGAAUUUUGUUUGUAUGGCUUGUAGUCUGAGGGCAAACCAUAGUCUGUACCAUGCAGAGCAGCUAAAACUCAGAAAUGUGCUGCUGUAACCAUUCUGUCCAGCUUGCAGAACAAAAUAGCAGAGGUUGGGUUGACCAUUGCAGCUGGAAAGUGAGGGGAUACUCACAGGAAGAAGAGAGUGAGCCUCAGAUAUUCUGCACACUGUGUCCAAACCUUCCUGUAGCUCCUAAACUACACGUGUGUGUUAGACUUCCAGCAGUCCAGCUAAGGCUAAAAGAAUUGAACUGAAAUUUCAGCUGCCUUCGACUGCAGGCAAGCAAUAUGCAGUUUGAGUCUAGUAAAGUUACCUGCCUAUUAGCAUGAAUAAUCAGUAUUUCUCAGCAACAUUAUAGAAUCCAACAUUUUUGGAACAUAUGGUAUGUCCAGAAUAUGAUCCAAAAUUAUUCAGUAAAGAGGCAAAUAUUACCCACGCUCAAGAGAAAAGGCAAUCAAUUGAGACUGACCCAGAGAUGAUGCAGACAUUGGAAUUAGCAAGCAAGGAAUUUAAAGCAGCUCUUAAUAUUACGCUAUAGGAUGUAAAGGAAAGUGCUCAUAAUGAAGAAAGUGGUAAGAAGUACAGAAGAGAAGUCCAAACUAGAAAAAGCCAAAUGGAAAUUCUGUAACUGGAAAAUUAAAUACUUGAAAUAGAAAAUUCAGUGGAUGGGCUUAAUAGCAGAUUGGAAGUUACGAAAGAGUUAUUGAUUUUCUUUUUUUUUUUUUGAGACAGAGUCUUAUUCUGUUGCCUAGGUUGGAGUGCAGUGGCACUGUCUCCACUCAUUGCAACCUCCACCUCCUGGGUUCAAGCGAUUCUCCUGCCUUAGCCUCUAGAGUAGCUGGGAUUACAGGCGUGUGCCACCAUGCCUGGCUAAUUUUUGUAUUUUUAGUGGAGACGGGGUUUCACCAGCCUUACCAUUUGGCCAAGCUGGUCUCAAACUCCUGGCCUCAAGUCAUCCGCCCAUCUUGGCCUCCCAAGUGCCGGGAUUAUAGACGUGAGCCACCGCACCUGGCCGAGUUACUGACUUUUAAAACAAAAAACAAGUUAUCUGGGGGAGAUAAAAAUAAAAUUGAAAAUAGUGAAUAACACCUUAGGGCAAUAUCAAAAGAUCUAAUGUACAAAUAAUUUUUAAAGUCCAAGGACAAGAGGAAAGAGGCCCCCCAAGGAAAAUAUUUAAAUGAAUAAUAGCUGAAGUAUUUUUAUAUUUGGUGAAAGACAAAAUUUGUAGGUUCAAGAAUCUCAGUUAACCUUGAGCCUCAGUGAUAGGAUAUGGAUGUUCACUGUACAAGUCUUGCCAUUUUUUUCUCUGUGUUUGAAAUUUUUUAUAAUGUUAAAAAACAAAAUCCUCAAAACAAAACAUUUAUAUUGAAAGAAACAUUUAGAAGUACUCAGACACAAGUCCAGAUGAAGUAGACAGAGAUAUAGAAAGUGAGGGUGGUUAAGUAUCUAUAAAGUUUGUUGUUACCUUAAAAGCCUCAAAGAAAAUAUAAUCUGUAGCCAUCUACAGCUAAAAUUCUAAAUAUCAAUAUGAGGAUGGGGUAAGGGAGCAAAAGAUAAAAAGCAGCAUGUUGAAGCACUUGUGGAAAGAUAUUGGUAAAUUUAAGAAGCUUAUAAUAGUAUAUGAAGAUAAGAAUGAAUGCUAAUAUACCAGUAACCACCUUAAGAACAAAGAUAUAUUCUAAACCUUUUUUUUUUUUUUUUGAAAUGGAGUCUUGCUCUGUCGCCCAGGCUGGAGUACAGUGGCAUGAUCUUGGCUCACUGCAACCUCCGCCUUCCGGGUUCAAGCGAUUCUCCUGCCUCAGCCUCCUGAGUAGCAGGGAUUACAGGCAUGUGCCACCACGCCUGGCUAAUUUUUGUAUUUUUAGUAGAGACGGGGUUUCACCAUGUUGGUCAGGCUGGUCUCGAGCUCCUUACCUUGUGAUCUGCCCGCCUCGGCCUCCCAGAGUGCUGGGAUUACAGGCGUGAGCCACCGUGCCCCGCCCCUUAGGUGAUUCUUAAAGCGGGGAAACUAAAGCACUAGGCUUUGGGACUCUCUUGGGCAUCCUCCUCAAUUCCCAGAGGAGGGACCUGAGACUCAAAACAGGGAGUCUGCAGGGCUGCACAGCCGCUGGUUGAAGGCUGGGAAAGAGCCAGAUGUUUUCUAGAAGGGCUCAUUCUGUCUCACUGUCCUGGCCUAACAGGAGGUGGCAGCGCUGGUUCUGAGUUCUUGCUACUGCUUCUCUGGAUUGGCCUCACUCAGGGAGUGCAGUUAUCUCAUGGGCUGGAAUCCUGGUUACUGGAGGGCAGAGACAAAAGUCUUGUACCUCCUGUGGAGCCCACUGUAGGCAUAGGAAACCUAACAUUAUUUGGUUCUAUGAUGUCUCUGUUUUGCAGGGAUUCCACACGACGCUUUUUAAAAUGCAAACUUUUAUAUUCAAAUAUAAUGUAUAUGCAUAAAAGUGCACCAAUAGAAACUAUACAGUAUAAUGAAUUUUCACAAACAACACACACCUGUUUAACCAACAUACAGGUAAGAAAUAGAACAUUACCACACUAUCCUUCUGCUCCAGGACAACCUCUUUCCUGACUUCUACCACCAUAGGUUGGUUUUGCCUAUUUUUAAACUUAAUAAAGGUGGAAUUAUGUA